CACUCUCCUCCCCAAUCCCCUUCCCCUUCCUCUUCGGCUCUUCCCUUCCCCCUUCCCCUCCCCCUCCCCCUCCCCCUCUCGUCCAGCGGCGCCCAGGCCAGGCCGCCGCCAAUCCCACCGCCCGCUGGGAUCGACCCGUUGAUAGGCCUGCGCCUGCGAUCCAUCGAUCGAUUGGAUUGCAGGUGUGUGCUACAGGUAGGGGUAGGGGUAGAGCGGCCGCCGUCGAGAUCCACCGAUCCAUCCAUCGAAUUGGUUAGUUGGUACAGCAGGGCAUCCAUCGGAAUCGGAUCGGAUCGGAUCGGAUCGGAUAUUCAUUCGUAUCCAUGGGUCGUCUGUUGCUGGUGAGCCUCCCGGCGACGGGCGCCAUCAUCUACCGCUGCAAGCACUGCGACACCCACCUCGCCUACGACACCGACAUCAUCGCAAGGACGUUCCGGUGCAAGAACGGCAAGGCCUACCUCUUCAACAGGAUCGUGAACGUGAAUGUUGGUAGCAAGGACGACCGGAUGAUGACGACGGGUCUGCACACCGUCUGCGACAUCUUCUGCGUCGCCUGCGGAGCCAUCCUUGGCUGGAAAUACCUCGUCGCCUUCGACAAGAGCCAGAGGUACAAGGAAGGCAAGUUCAUCCUCGACAGGUCCACCGCCCUCGCCGCUCGUGGUGAUGCUGCUCAUGCUCAUGCUCAUGCUGACCAUGCCCACCACCACCACCACCAUGCUCGCGUGACAAGCUCUGCUGACGACGACGAUCCCAGCGAUGACGAAGAUGACCAACACAUGUGAAUGAAUGAAUGUCAUCUGCAAUGCGACUUGGACUCGACUGCCUCAUCAUCUCAUACAUGCUUCCAUUUGCUGUCUGUAAAUACUCCCCUCCCCUCCCCUCCCCUCCAGGCCUCCACUAGUUGUUUUACUAGCAUUUCGCAGUACCUAGUGGUAGCACCUAUAUCCAUUUAUAUCUAUCUAUCAGACAUUCAGACUAUAUGAUGUGAUCAGCAAUCCUUUUAUCUAGUUGUCUGUAAAUAUGAUCAGAUGCAGCGACAGUAAUAAUAUAAACAAAUCUCCUUUCCCUGCUUCAAUGCUUGGUAUAUGCA